AUGUCCAACUUGUCACGCGUGUCGUGUGUCCUCAGCGCCGCUAUCGGUGUCGGGACGCUCUUCUCCCCCGCGAUGGUCUCCGAGGCGGUCGCGGGCGGCGGUCUCCUGCCCGUGCAGACCACGCAUGAGGACUUUUUCGAGCCCGGCACGCAGCCCAACGAGAUCAUCGAUCCGAUCCUCGACCCCGAAGAGUGCUUCUUCUGCCACGCGCUCUUCGACGACCCCGCCACCACCAACAAGCCCUUCCGCUGGCGCGGCUCCAUGCACGCCCACGCCGGGCGCGACCCGAUCUUCCACGCCGCGGUCUCCAUCGCGAACCAGGACGCCGAGGGCGCUGCAGAAACCUGCUACCGCUGUCACAUGCCCGAGGCCUUCCUCGAGGGACGCGGCGCCGCGGACGGCUCGCAGCUCACCGACCUGGACAUCGAUUCGGGCAUCUCCUGCCACGUCUGCCACCGCCUCGUCGACCACGACUACGAAUUCGGCGUGAGCCCCCUCGCCGACGAGCUGGUGCUCGCCGACAUCGGCAUCAUCCCCAAAACCCACGGCAACGCGCAGAUGGUCGUCGACCCGCUCGACCGCCGUCGCGGCCCGUACUCCUACGGCGCCGAUGAGCCGGGCGGCGAGUUCUUCUUCCCGCCCCACGCCUGGAUCCAGUCGCCCCACCACCAGACCGCCGAGCUCUGCGCGACCUGCCACGACGUCUCCAACCCCGCGCUGAGCCGCGUGGGCGGCGAGAUCGGCUCGCCCUCGGACACGUACGUCCUCAACGCCCUCGGCGAGGAGCACCCCACGCUCUUCAGCAGCGACAUGUUCCCCGAGCAGCGCACCUACUCGGAGUUCCUCUACUCCGCGUUCGGUGCCGGCGGCGGCGUCCCCGCGGACGACGACAUGGAUCCCUACGACCUCGACGGGCGUUUCGGCGGCAACAUCGCCGACGGCGUCAUCGGCUCCUGCCAGGACUGCCACAUGCCCGAGCGUGACGGCUUCGCCUGCGUCCAGGAGGUCUUCGACCCGCCCUUCCGCGAGAACCUCUUCGACCACGGCUGGGUCGGCGCCAACGUCUUCGCCAUCGACCUCAUCCUCGAGCUCAACCCCAUCGAGGACCCCGACGACUUCUCCGACCCCUUCAACGACGACUACACCAUCCCGAUGCUCAACCGCGCCCGCGCCGAGACCAUCGAGAUGCUGCAGCUGGCCUCGGACAUGGAGCUCUCGGUCGACGACUCGAUGCUCAACGUCCGCGUGAUCAACCAGUGCGGCCACAAGCUGCUCACGGGCUACCCCGAGGGCCGCCGCAUCUGGAUCAACGUCCAGUACUUCGACGAUAUGGGCGAGCUGAUCGACGAGCGCGGCGCCUACGACUUCGAGACCGCCACCCUCGAUACCGCCUCCACCAAGGUCUACGAGACCAAGGACGGCCUCGACGCGACCAUGGCCGCCGCCACCGGCCUGCCCGAGGGCGAGUCGUUCCACCUCAUCCUCAACAACACCCGCUACAAGGACAACCGCAUCCCGCCCCGGGGCUACGUCAAGGAGAUCUGGGACCAGAACCAGCUCUUCCACGUCGGCUACGAGUACGCCGACGGCCAGCACUGGGACGACACGGCCUACGACAUCCCCGCGGGCGCCGCGAGCGCCGAGGUGACCGUCUACUACCAGACCUCCUCGCGCGAGUACAUCGAGUUCCUCCGCGACGCGAACACGUCGGACACCAACGGCCAGAUCCUCUACGACGCGUGGGAGACCGUCGGCAAGUCGAUGCCCAUCGUCAUGGACAACCAGGUCAUCGACCUCGACACCCUCGCGACCAUGCCGGGCGACGCCGACGGCAACGGCAUCGUCGACUUCAACGACCUCGUCGCGAUGCUCUUCCAGUUCGGCGCGCCGAACCCAACGCCGAACGCGGACUGCGACGGCUCCGGCGUCGUCGACUUCAACGAUCUCGUCUGCGCCCUGUUCCUCUUCACGGAGACCGGCGCGUAA